AUGACCGACAAUCCCCAAUCCCCCAAACCUGUACGUGCGCAGCCAGCUCGAGAGCCAGUGCCGGAUGCUGUGGCCAACACGGAGGCACCGCCCCUAGAUGUCUCGGGCAGUCCGGAGAACGCGCCCGGUCAUAUUCAAGUUGACCAGUUCAGCGAUGAAAGCGCUGAAUUUGAAAGCGACAUUUCCGACCUGACCUCCUUAUCAUCCAGUGUUCUGGAGUAUGAAUAUGAGAAUGGCCGGCGAUACCAUAGCAACCGCACUACUACCAACUACUGGAUGCCCAACGAUGAGGAGGAGCAGGACCGCAUGGACUUGGCACAUCACAUCUGGCUUCUCACAAUGAAGGGCGAACUCCACAAAGCGCCAAUCAAAAACCCACAGAAAAUUCUAGACCUCGGAACGGGGACGGGCAUCUGGGCCCUGGACGUGGCAGAAAAAUACCCAAGCGCGCAAGUCAUUGGAAACGAUAUCAGUGCCAUCCAGCCCAACUGGGUUGUGCCAAAUGUAGAAUUCAUCGUCGAAGACUAUGAAGCGGAGUGGCUGUACCAGAAGGACAGCUUCGAUUUUAUCCACGCGCGACUACUUUCAGGAUGCGUAUCAGACUGGCCUCGAUUCCUAAGAAGAAUCUACGACCACCUCAAGCCAGGCGGAUACUUCGAAAUCCAAGAAUGCGCCGUUUGGGGCUGGAGCGAUGACGGCACUCUCAGGGACUCGUCGCCAUUUAUGGAGUACAUGCGAGCCCUGAGCGCCGGCACAAACGCAACGGGUCGACUCAUGAACGUCUACCACUUGCUGCGCGACUGGCUUCGCGACGCUGGCUUUGAAGAUGUCACCCAGUUCAGUUACAUCCUGCCGUACUCGCCGUGGCCGCGUGACCCCUACCUCAAGGAACUUGGAAAAUACCAGGCCGUUCAUGCCCAGCAGGCUGUGGAUUCGUACGGGCUUAGGUUGUGUACGCAGGUUCUGGGUUGGGGUGUGGAGCCUUCCAAGAUCUUUCAGGCUGUUGUUAAGCAGCAGCUGAGAGAUAAGCGGUUGCAUGCUUAUACUAAGGAGGUUGUCGUCUAUGGUAGGAAGCCUUUGAAAUGA